AGUUCAUACAGACCUGGUGCUGUUGAGCUCCUGCAGAAAUUUGUCUAUAGAUUUGCCUGAUUUGUCCACCACCUCGAGAAGGAGGAUUAUACUGUACCUUGAGAAGAUCUAGGAAAGAGCGUUGUGCUUACUUGGACCCAUACGUCUGAUGUUAAAAGAUGCGAUCUUCAUGGUGUCGACCUUAAGAAAGUGUAAACCAGCAUGAAGUGAUACAAGUUUAACGACAACAACACUUCAGACUGGCUUCAGGUUUUCAGAGGGAGGAACUCUUGCUGUUUGGAGGGAUGUCCAAGUUGGGGCUGGACCAAAUCACUCGACAGGUUCCUGCGUCUAGCCAAUCAGGUUACAGGUGUCUAGUAUAAGUAAUGCAGCUGAAUUGAGGAAUCUCUACAGUCUGUGUUUUCUUCAGUGUAUCUUUGGACCACUGCUUGGAACAGGCAUCAUGAAGGUCGCCUCUUUUAACAUCCAGAGAUUUGGGAAAUCAAAACUCUCCGAUCCGUUUGUGCUGAAAACACUGAUCAAGAUCGUGUCACGCUAUGACAUCAUUCUUAUUCUCGAGGUGGUGGAUGCUAGUGGAGAUGCAGCGGAUGAUUUUCUCAAAGAGCUGAAUAAGUUCAACAAGACACACCGUUACACACUGGAGAUAAGCACACGCCUGGGAAGAGAAAAUUACAAAGAACAGUAUUUGUUCCUCUACAGGGAUGAGUUGGUGGAUUUGGUGGAUUCUUACCAAUACGAAGACAAUCAGCCUGGAGAUGAAGAUGCUUUCUCCAGAGAACCGUAUAUUCUGCGAUUCAAAUGUCAUAAUACAGUGUUGGAAGAUUUGGUGCUAAUGCCCAUCCACACCAAGCCUGACGAUUCAGUGAAGGAGCUGGACGAACUUUACGACGUGUUUCAGGAUGUCAAGAGGAAAUGGAAGACCGAUAACAUCAUGAUUUUGGGGGACUUCAAUGCAGACGGCAGUUACGUGUCUAAUGAAGAAAUGAAAACAAUCCGCAUCAGGACAGAUGAGAACUUUCAUUGGCUGAUCUCAGAUGACGAGGACACCACAACCAGCACCAAAAAUGACAACACUUAUGACCGGAUUGUGGUGUAUGGAGACGAUAUGUAUGAUGCUGUUGUUCCAAACUCUGCAAAACCAUUCAACUUCCAGGAGGCCUACAAUCUGACGUAUGAGGAGACUAUUAAAGUGAGUGACCACUAUCCAGUGGAGGUGCAACUGAAGAGAAAACGUAAGCAUAAGACAUAUGAAGAGGAGGACAGUGAUUGAAAACAGAUGACGGAG